AUGGGCCUCCCACAAGAGCAACCCCAAACCGCCCAGCGAUCCCAACCAGACCCCUCCACCUCCACCACCAAACCAACCACCCUCCCCCCCGAAGCCCUCUCCCUCGCAACCAAGCUCUUCGACUAUGCGCGCGCCGGCAGCACCGCCCCCCUCGCACAAUACCUCACGGCCGGCAUCCCCGCAAACCUCACGAACCACAAAGGCGACACGCUCCUCAUGCUGGCCGCCUACCACGGCCACGUCGACACGGUGAGCAUGCUCUUGGACCACGGCGCGGAUGCGAAUGUGCUGAAUGAGCGGGGCCAGAGUCCCGUAGCGGGGGCGGUGUUUAAGGGGUAUGAGGGGGUUGUGAGGGUGCUUGUCGAGAGGGGUGGGGUGGAUUUGGAGGCGGGGAGGCCGAAUGCGGUGGAGGCGGCGAGGAUGUUUCGGAGGGAGGGGAUGUUGGCGUUGUUUGGGGUUGGGGAGUGA